AUGCUUAAGUUCACUAGCAUACUAGCUCUCGCGACGACUGCGACUGCGCUUGCGCAGGGCAUCACGCAGGCAAAUUUCACCGGCACAGGUACCAUCCACGUGUGGAACUCCUCCGACUGGCGCGACUCCACCCCCGCCGAUAAAGUCGGGUGCCUCGACGCCAGCGGAAAGUUCAUCAAUCCUCUUAACGACUCUGCGUGCGCCGUCUUCACGCGCAUCAGUGCGUAUCCCUAUACCUUGUCCGCGGAAGGCGGAAACUGCACUUUCUCAGAUGAAUCGCAAGAGAAGAACACCGAUAGUAUAUAUGGAAAGUCGGACCACGCGUGGAACUGCUUCAAGCCCUUCACCGCGGGGAUCUAUGACGAGCUGUAUACGAUUGAUGGCUUCUCCCAUGUAUUCCUUUGCCAGGGUGACGUAGACUGCUACUUCGACGCGAAAUCCAUCCCUUCCCCAAAGUCCUCCAGCAACAUCUGGCCCUUCCGCUGGGGCUCCCAGCAGAUGGGCAUCACACCCGGGCACGUGAUGCUGCAGCUGGUGUGGAACAAGAUCGCUGACCUGCCGAAGGGUGAGGAUAGCGAGAAAAUUCCGAGCCCAAGGGUGAGUUUGAUGAAGGGUGGAGGGGAGCAGGAGCAGGCUAGGCUGGUGGGGAAGAAGAUCUUGGGGUAG